AUUACAAUUCCUAACUUUACAUACAACAUCCGAUAUCAGACAAAAACUUCCGCUUUGACAUGGACCCUGGCUUUUAAUUAAUUAACACGUGCGUUAUCAUCAUGUCCCGUUUAAUUGUUAAAAACCUCCCGAAAAAUAUGACCCAGGAGCGUUUACAGGAAAUAUUCGGGGUCAAAGGUCACAUAACCAACUGUAACCUGAAAUACACCAAAGAUGGCAUUUUCCGCAAGUUUGCGUUUAUUGGAUACCAAAAGGCUGAAGAUUGUACAGAAGCCAUCAAAUAUUUCAAUAAAACUUUCGUUGAUACCUCCAAGAUACAGGUAGAGCCUGCUUACGACCUAGGGGAUGCAAACAAGCCAAGAUCCUGGAGUAAGUACUCUGCAGAAAGUUCCAGUUAUAUUUACAAGGAAAAGAGCAAACCUAAACUGGAUCCUGAAAAAAAUGAAAUGGACAGCAAAAACAAGACCCACAAAAAGAACAAAGAUGAAAAAAUGAAAGAACUUCUUGGUGAUCUUUAUGAGAAUUCUGAGUUUUUGGAAUUCCUGGAAGCACACAAGUUGUCUGGAAAAGGGGCCAAGAAUAUGUGGAGCAACGACACAAUAGAAUUCCUUAAGAAGUCGUUCGAUUCACAGAACAAGAACAAAGGAACAGCUGAAGCAUCUGAGGUUGUCUUUGAUGAUUCCGGAAAUGAAUCUGCAGAUGAUGAAUACGAAACCAUGGCUAAAAAUACCAGUGGUGGCCAUCCGGUAGAAAAGACGACACCAAGAGAUCCCCUUGAGAAUAAAAUGACCGAAGAUCCUAAGCCUGAAACUCAACCAAUAAGAUACUCCGUUCGAUUGAAGGGCCUCACUGGUCGAUAUCACUCUGACACUAUAAAGGAGUUCUUCUACCCCAUCAAAGUGAAACAAGUCCACAUACCCCGUGGUCUCAAUCACAGACAGUUUGGUAUUGUGUUUGCCGAAUUCUUUAAUCCUGAAGAUGUAAAAAUGGCCAUGGAGAAACAAGGGAAGUUUAUCAAUGGUGCCAAGAUCACAUUGAAGGAAACUGUAACCGGUGGUGAUGAUGAUGAUGACGAUGGUGGUGGUGGACAUUCAUACAAGAAGACUGCUGCUGAACUAAAAAUUGUACCUGAAGAUGAGGAAGAGGAAGAACUGAGUGAAUCUGGAAGGCUGUUUGUUCGGAACUUACCUUACACCUGUACAGAAGAAGAUUUAGAAAAGCAUUUCAGCAAAUAUGGUGCGUUGGUUGAAGUUUAUAUCCCUCUGGACACCGCGACCAAUAAAAUGAAAGGCUUUGCAUUCAUCACUUACAUGAUACCUGAAAAUGCAGUGAGGGCAUUGACUGAGAUGGAUGGUACAUCGUUUCAGGGAAGACUUUUGCACAUAAUCCCCAGCAGAAUCAAGAAAGAUCUGGAAGAUAAUACAGGACAUUCCAAAGACUCAGCUUUCAAGACAAAAUCUUUACAGAAGAAAAAAUCUCAAGCACAGAGUUCUCACAACUGGAACAGUCUAUUCCUCGGCAGCAAUGCUGUUGCAGACGUCUUAACAGAGAAAUAUGGCAUCAAAAAAACAGAACUUUUGGAUUUUGAGACAAAUGACAGUCUUGGAGUUCGGAUGGCAUUGGGUGAAACACAGAUUGUAACAGAGACGAGAGAAUUCCUGUUAGAGAAUGGUGUCUCUUUGGAUAGUUUCAGUCAGGCAUCUGGUCCUCGGAGCAAAACUGUGAUAUUGGUGAAGAAUCUUCCAGCAGGUUGCAAGGCUGAGGAGCUUGCCAAAGUGUUCUCCAAGUACGGUACUCUUGGCAGAGUGAUUUUCCCACCUACAGGAAUCACUGCCAUUAUUGAAUUCCUCUCACCCAGUGAAGCAAAGAAGGCCUUUACCAACCUGGCAUAUACAAAGUUCCUACAUUUACCCCUCUAUCUAGAAUGGGCCCCCUUAGAGACAUUUGUAAAUGCUGCACCCACUUUAAAGAAGGACACUGACUCAACCCCUGCCAAAGAAACUCCCAAAGAAAAGAGUGAACAGAAAGCAGAACAAUCUUCAGAAGACGAAGAGAGUGACGUGGAGCCUGACAGUGUGAUGUUUGUGAAAAACCUGACCUUAGAAACCAAAGAGGAUGACUUAAGGAAGGCAUUUGAAAGCUGUGGGCCAAUAAGAAAUGUGAUUGUUGCACGUAAAAAAGACCUCAAAAACCAAGGACAAGCAUUAUCGAUGGGUUAUGGAUUUGUGGAAUUCAAGCGAAGUAAAUCUGCUCAGAAAGCCAUUAAAAAGUUACAACAUAUGGAACUGAAUGGACAUCAAAUAGAACUGAAAAUAUCCAAUCGGUUAUCAAUAAGUGACAAAGUUGUUGCCCGUAAGAAGCAGGUGAAGAAGAAGCAGAAAACCACAAAGAUAUUGGUACGGAACAUUCCUUUCCAGGCUAAGAAGAAAGAAAUCCAAGAAUUGUUUAGUGUCUUUGGGGAACUUAAAAUUGUGCGUUUGCCAAAGAAGGUAGCUGGUACAGGGUCACAUCGAGGUUUUGCUUUUGUAGACUUUGUAAAUCGUCGAGAGGCGAAGAAAGCUUUCAAUGCAUUGUGUCACAGCACACAUUUGUACGGUCGACGUCUGGUCUUGGAAUGGGCAGACACAGAAGAAACUAUUGAAGAUCUUCGCAGAAAAACAGCUGAGCACUUUCAUGAUGAUAUUCCAAAGAAAAUGAGGAAGAUGGACAUUGUAGCAUCUCUCGCCGAGGAGACAAUAUGAUAGAGAGUGGUGGUGAAACAUUAUGAUGGAGGGAUGGGGGAAUGAACAUGAUAAAUUUGUAAAUAAAUUUUAAUAAAUAUUUUUGCUUAAUUUCAAAGUUAA